ACUUGAUGUUGAAAAGGUUCCAAUAUGGCUAAAUUACAUUCCUUUUAUUGUGACAAAUGCAAACAAUUACAUUAUCCAAGAAAUAUCAGAGGAACAAUUGGUUGAUGCUUUACAUGAUUAUGGAGAUAGGUUAUUUUCUGGUGAGGGAAUUUUUGAUUUUGAAGAUACUGACAAUAAUGACAUAGUGAUGGUGAUAAUAUAA